GACUCACUAGGCAGUAGGGCGCUGUGCGGUUUGGGACGGAGCCUGGGAGAGCUGCUGCUCUUUGCUCUGUGCUGCUGUGUGUACGCGGCGCCACUAAGCAAAUUUGCCGGGCGGGAUUUCCGCAAAUUAUUCAAGUAUGGCGAAGACUUACGAUUAUUUGUUUAAACUGCUGUUGAUCGGGGAUUCGGGAGUCGGGAAGACCUGCGUGUUGUUCAGAUUUUCAGAAGACGCCUUUAACUCGACUUUUAUCUCAACUAUAGGUAUUGAUUUCAAGAUUAGGACAAUAGAGUUAGACGGCAAGAAGAUCAAGUUACAGAUAUGGGACACAGCAGGACAGGAACGAUUCAGGACAAUCACAACGGCGUAUUACAGAGGCGCUAUGGGCAUUAUGCUGGUGUAUGACAUCACCAAUGAGAAGUCCUUCGACAACAUCAAGAAUUGGAUUAGAAACAUAGAAGAGCAUGCAUCAGCAGACGUGGAGAAGAUGAUUCUGGGCAACAAAUGUGACAUCAAUGAGAAGCGACAAGUUUCCAAAGACCGAGGAGAGAAGCUGGCGUUAGAGUAUGGUAUCAAGUUCAUGGAGACGAGUGCGAAGGCCAAUAUCAACGUGGAAAACGCAUUCUUAACACUCGCUAGAGACAUUAAAGCGAAGAUGGACACGAAACUGGAGGGUAACAAUCCCCAAGGCAGCAAUCAAGGAGUGAAGAUCACCACCGAGCAACAGAAAAAGAGCAGCUUCUUCCGCUGUGUUCUACUGUGAAGACCAAGGCCUUACUGUCCUCCACCCUGGGGCUGGACUCAACUGGACUGUGCUCUUGUUUUUAGCACCUCUCUCUCUCUCUCUCCCUCUCUCUCUCUCUCUCUGUCUCAGCACCUCUCUGCUUCCAGCCCUGGCACUGCUGGAGUGCUCAGCUCCUCUCAUCUGCUUCCACUGAUACGCGGUUUCUUCCAGCUUACGGCCCUUUUCCUGACGAGGCUUGCGUAGCUUUUUUUUUUUGUUUUUGUCUUCAUGACUAAAGAUUGUACCCUAAAUAAGACAUUCCCAUUUAGUCUCACAAGUCUUAUCAGUCCUCCUUCUGCGGCACAGAAGUUGAUAAUGUCCUUCUGGUGCUAGAGCAGAGUUUGGUCUGAGUUUGGUUGAGGAUCAUUUCUCCUUCAUGCUUUCUUUUAUAGACAAUCACAAAACAGUACAGUUUACAGGAAUCUCAAAAAAAAAAAAGAAACAUUGUUGCUUCAUUUUGCGCUGGCUUUUUGCCCCAUCUUGAACUUUUAUGAUUAAAUUUAAUACAGUGGCUCAUUUUGCAGUCAACAUUCCAACAUUUUAAGACAGUAUUUUUUCAGAAGUAAUUAGUGUACUUGUUCUGAUUUUUGUGUUCAGCUAUGUAACCAACUAAUAGAACAAGGGCUUUUUUUUUGCCCUGUUAUAAACUGCCCCAAGAAAAUGCACCCAACAAGCCAACCUCAGAGUGCAGCCUUAGGUUCAGCCUUCCUAAUGUCCGAGUUAGCGUGAAAUACCUGAAUAUUUAUUCAGAUCCAAGACUAGAAAUUUAAUUCAAGCCUUAAGAGAAAAAACUAUCUAUCUAUUUUUCUCAUCUCUUCUUCAGUGUUGGGUUUUAUAUUGUGUCUGAUUUGGCUUAGAAAAGCAGACAUAUUAUUUACGCAACAGGAAACAGCUGGUUUUUUCCUAAGAUUUGACUAGACCCAUAACACACUUGUCACUUCCUGUUAGAGACCAUAGAUGGCAUCAUGCGCACAGUAAGAUUCUUCGACAUUUCCCGCCCAUUUCCUGUGUGCGCUUAGAUUAUGAUAGUUCAUAUGACUGGACUUAUCUGCACAGAGAACAGCUGCUCGUGUCAUUUAUGUUGGCAGCUGCUUUCUCUUCAUCUUUGCUGAUGUUAUAAAUAUGUAUCUUAUUCAAAAGCUAGCAAUAGGCCAGGAGAGCCGUUAACUUACCAGCGCUAAGACACCUGUGAUAUAAAAAAGUGAAGGAACAUUUUGCUUAUUGAUUAAGAGUUUUAUACAAACACAGUGUUUUACAGUUUCUUUUCAGGGAAGAAGAGAGAAAUCUCACUGAGAGGAGCAUUGUUUUCUUUGUUUCGAUGAAAGCUUGAGAUAAUGAAAAGCUGGUUUGAAUGAAAGAAACCUUAGCACCUUUUUUUUUUUCUCCCAAAGAGUCUAAAUGUGUCUACUUCCUAUGAGUUUGUCCAUGUCUCCAUAUCGCCCAGUCCCACUCCAGCCCACACCCUGUGCACCCCUUACCUUGGAGAUUUCCUAACAUUCUGCCAUUUGUCUUAAUUACUAAUACUUGAUCUCUCAUUAUAGAUCUAUGCAUUAUGAAGGUGACGUUUUUUGACCUCUUAUAUUUUUGCAUAUUUCUGUCCCUCUCUCCUCUCUCUCUGCAGUAGGUUUUUUUUUUUUUUUGUUACACUUCUUAAAGACAUUCCCAUAGUCUCUGUUUAUUGCUUUGUCAAUCGCUUUUGUGCAAUUCCGUGACUCUUUAAUAAUAAGAGACUUGUAUAGAGUGUAUUGAGUGAGAAAUGCAGUUUCCACCGUUCAGUGUGUUUUGCUUCGAUAACCUGUAACGCAGCAGUGGUUCAGGCUUUGAUGUGACCGGCAUAACGGCUCGAGCCAGUGGUUUCCUUUUAUUUCCCUUUCCGUGCACACUUUGUGGUCGAGUGCCACUCGGAGUGUGUGAGUGUAGAGAUUGGGGGUUAAAAGUAAAAGAGGGGAGAGGAGAGGGUUUAUUAAACCAGUAGUGCUUCCUGAAGUUUCCGCAGUUUUGCCAGCUGCAUCAAGCCUCUUCAAGCAGUUAAUAGUGUUCAACCGUCAGAUCUUUAUUUUAUUUUGAAAUCACUGUCAUUCAUAUCGUUUUCAUUUCUUUUAUACAAAUGUUCAUUUAAUUUUUGAUUGCAAGGUGAAUGGGGAGAAGAAAGUUGUUACAUUUUGAAAAAAAUAAUAAAAACAACAAAAAAAGGAACAAUUGUAAAUAGCACUCUAAAAAGAGAUCUACUUAAAUUGUACUGUACUUUCUAAAAAAAAAUCAUGUUGAAAAAUUGUCUACAAUUUUGUAGAUAUCAGUGCUUUUGAUUUAUUAAAAUAAGAUUCUUUUAAGAAGUGAA